AUGGCCAUCGGCCCCAUCCUCCCCUACCUCAUCAAGCCACUCUACUACUACCUGGCGAUCCAGGUCUACCUUGAAGGAUAUCUGAAUAUACCUCCAGAAAAGUUGAAUACCUUCAAGGGUACUGUAAGGCUCCUUUUCCAACCCCAGACCGACACACAUGUCUUCUACUUGAAUUACGAUAUGAUGGAGAUUCAGAAUUCCAAGCUAUACACCCCAGAUAACGUUACAAUUCCCGUCACUAUGAAGGAAAUACCGGAAGAUCAAGUCUUGGAAUUCCGAACCGAUACGCCAUUGAUGAAAAAUAAAUUUUAUUUGAUAGAGUUAAAUUAUAAGGGAAAAAUGAGGAUGGAUGGAAGUGAGGGACUAUUUGUCGGCAAGCAUGGAGCGCAAUCUUACGCCUCCACAAAAUUCGAGCCUCAUUACGCCAGGAGAAUGGUCCCUUGCAUCGAUCAGCCGGACGCUAAAGCUAUUUGGAAGAUUACCGUGAUUCACCCCAAACAAACCCGCGCCAUCAGCAAUUCCGAGCGGGUCAAGCUCAUCGAAAGAAAAGGAUGGGCCCUCACCAAAUUCGCCGACACCCCGAAACUCUCGCCCUACUUGUUGGCCAUAUUCGUCUCCAACUUCAAGCACUUUUCCGGGGCGACGAAAUCUGGAAUUAAGGUCCGUCUCUUCGCCCCCAACUUCACGAUCCCGCGCUACAAGGCGAUCUUUGAGCACUCGAUCAGAAGCCUUGAUUUCUACACGAAAUAUUUUGAUACUCCGCCGAUGUUGGAGAAAUUGGCCGGCAUGGAAAAUCACGGUCUCAUCUCUUUGAAUGCACGAACGAUGGACACGGACAACAAGCUGACCACUGUAUCUCACGAAAUUUCGCAUCAUUGGAUCGGGAACCAAGCCACUCCGAAGUGGUGGGACGACAUCUGGAUCAGCGAGGGGUUGGCGACGUUCCUUUCUGAACAUCUACCACAUUUGGAUAAAGUGUUCCAACUCUACCAAUCGAUGCGUACACUUCUGGAAUACGAACGGGCCCUAGAUGCAAAUCAGGGAAUCCUGUUGCCGUUGAGGACCGAAAUUGGAUGGGAAGAGCUGAAAAGAGGAAGACACGCCGUGCUAAACUACAACGUCUACAACAGGGGUGCCAUGUUUAUGGCAAUGCUUCAUGCGACGAUGGGAACGGAUUCGUUCCGGAAGGCUACUCAACUAAUCGUCAAAAACUACAUCAACGGCACCAUCACUACGAAAGACUUCUACAACGUCUAUGGCUAUUAUGCUAAUGCCACCGAUUCGCCGAGAGACUUUGAGAGGUUCUGCAAAUCGUGGGUCGAGCAGGCCGGCCAUCCUCUUGUAAACGUCAGAACCGUCGUGGGAGGCGUUGAACUCUCACAAGAACGCGACUUCAACUCCGAGCGUAUUCACCCCAAAUACAGGGCUGAGGCUCCUUUCAACUACAAAUACGACAUCCCCAUCUUCUACACCACCAACACGAACGAGGGCAAUUUGGUGUGGCUGAAUUUGGACGAUCCGACGCUGUUCAUCCCGGUCGGCGAGGACGACAUCAUCAGCGUCGAUCCGUUUGGUGAAGGACUCUAUAAGGUUCACUACGAUCGAGCCUGGUAUGAAAAAUGGGCCAAAAUGUGUCCAGAGAAGAAAUGCCAACAAGACCUCUUCUUCAAACCCUGCGAAGAAUUCCUACGCGUCCAGAUGAGCUACCCCUUGGAGUUAAGACAAAAAGUCAUCCAAACCUGCGGCGGACUCGAUCAUGGCUUCAACUCAAGGCACCCCCAUGCUUUGAGGAUUGCU